UCUGAAGUAUUUAUGUUUUUUUUUCGGUAUUUAUUUAUUUUUGUGUAUUAGUGGUGUAUUUUUGGAAUUUUUAGAUGAUUUAUUGUGGUUUUUAACUAUUUUUGUGAGUUAAAUUGCGGCUCUUUAUGUAAAUUCGUGGAUAAAAUCCUCGACCAAGGACAACGCUUAAGAAACGCGAUGGUCCAAUCAAUACUGCAAAACGACCCGUUAUCUUCUGAGGUGUUUUUAUCGAAAACCCACAAUACUCCUAUGUCCAGUUUGUCUUCAUUGACCACCCGAACUGCAGCAGAUAAAAAACUACUGGAAGCAUUCAUAAAUGGUGAUUACCUUACUAAGGAACAAGAAGAAUUAGCCCUGGAAACGAUGCGGUCAUUACCAGCAUCAGAAGUUUAUGAAACCACCGAAAAGACUUUAUCAAGUAGAUGUUCUUGCCCUACUUGCUUGUCUUAUCAUGAGAAUAACCUUAAAUGCCAUCUGAGGAGGGAGCAUAGAGUUUCCACUUGUCAGAAUCAAAAACCAGAGCCUCUUCCAGAGUUUACUAAUUCAAAUUUUACUGAUAAGCAAGUUGACUGUUUAAGGGAGCAUAGGGUUUCUGCUUGUCAAAAAACAGUUGCACAGGUGUCUAAUUCAAAUUUUACUAAUAUCCUUAAGCAAGUGGACUGUUUAAGGGUUUCUUUGCAAAGCAUACAUCUAAACGAGCUGGGUAUUAAAAAAGUGGUGCAAAGCAGUAAUAAGGUUAAUAGUUAUGGGGCCAGUCAAAGUUAUUUCGUAGAAUACACUAUUCCAGACAUUUUUUUUAAGCAAGGAGAAAAACUGCAGUCAAAAGUCGAUAGUGGCCUAAAGAGCAAUCAUGUUAGUUUUUGUGCAAGGGGUUCAAGUAAUGUUAUACACCUUAAACAAUCCUUCACUCAUACAGUGAGGAACUUGUACAGUGAAAACUUGGACAAUCAUGACUUAAUAUUCCAUAUAAAGUUUAAAAACUCGGGGCAAAAGAAGUCAGAAUCCUUGGGGGUUGCCCGACUAAACUUUGGAGCUUUUAAGGAGUCAAACAGUGCCUCCUGUGGGAAAUCUUUGCCGAUUUUUCUGGAUGAAGGUUCGGAAAUUGCUUUGGGUGUAUUAAAAGUGACCGUCCAGCUAGGUGCUGGGAAAAUCUACUUUGGGAAAGAAUUUGUUGAUGCAGUGCUCACCAGCAGAACUAUCCGGGAAGCAGAUAUUCCUGUUGAAGAGGUUUUAGAGGAUAAAGUGGUUGAUUUUGAUGUGAAAGAGAAUUUGCCUUUAGAGCCUAAGCAAAGUAGUCCUAGGAGGCCAAAAAGUAAUUUUCUGCAAGAAUUAAGUGCCCAUAGGAAAACUAGGUUGAAUGAAAGAUUGGUAGAGGCUGAAACAGCUCGCCUUUCAGAGGAAGACAUCUUGUUUGGGUUCUUAUAUAUAUCGGAAGCUCAAUUUUUAGACUUUACACCCAAUUCCUAUAUUUUAUGCCAGCCGUUUUGCCAAAGUGACACUUCUGCCAGCAGGAUAGUCUAUAAUAGCUCAAAUCCCUUGUAUAACUUUUGUCAGAACAUCCCUUUAGUAUAUGAUGAAACCCUCCUUUUUAACCUGAGGGAAAACUUCACCCUCCUGGAAUUUUGGCACACAACAGGCCAAACAGAGGAGCUUUUCGGCUUAACCCGAAUACCACUGCAUCAGUUUUAUUUGGGAUACAGGAACUCGAUUAUUUUGAAACAUUUGAAGAAAAAUAAGCUUCCAAUAAUUGGCACUGAUUGGUGGGAACCGAUAUACUCCCCCGAAUCCAAGGAGCUGAUUGGCCAGGUUCAAAUUCUAACCGCCCUUGGUACUGAAGCCCAAAUUAAGAACCUCGAAGAAGAACGGGGUUUCCGGGAAAACAUAGUCAAGGCGAAAUUUCCGACAGUUAAACCGGGCAAAGUGACCAAUAAAAGAGCGGAAUUCGGUAAAUUACCGGAUAAAAAUAAAUUUUUAACUAGGCCGGAGCGGUCCGAUAAAGAAACCCAAUCUAAAAUGGAGGAAGAUAAUAAAAAGCCAGAGUCUCAGGAUGUGUUGGCCUCGUUUUUGAAACUGUUAGAGGAGACCCGGAGGCCCGCCUGUGUGGAAAAUGGCACCAAUACUGAACCCACUAGCAGCAAUGAACCUCGGUCAUCCGUAGACCAACCGGAAAAACGUAAAACCUCCGACCUGGUCGACUCCCUUCAAUUGGCUCUAAGUUUGGACAAUAAAGAAAAAACGCCCCAUUUUAGGGCCCAAAUCGUAAUAAACGGGGCCAACCAGUUACCGGGCCGCAGAAAACUGAAAACGAAAUCGAAACAACGUGUGAAAAGUAAAACUUGUAAGCGGGACGAGAACGUCGCGCCGAGCACUUACGUUACUUUCGAGACUUUGCCUAAUGAGCCGCUGCAGAUGACGCACGUCUGCUCUAAGAGUACUUCGCCCCAAUGGGGAUACAGUUGUGAGGUGAAUUUACCUAAGGAUUUAUUAACUAAUCCCCAAAAACGACUGAUCUUUAAAGUAUGGAAGAAGUCGACGAACGCAGUUCUACAGCCCAAUUUACAAACCGACCUGGUGCUGGGUUUCGCCGCCUUGGACUUGAGCGUUCUCGCAUGCGGUCUGCCGAACAUCCGCGGUUGGUUCAAUAUCGUCGAUUUUUCCGGGAAAUGUAACGGACAAAUUAACAUCCACGUUAAUCCAUUGGAAAAAGUCCAAAAACCGAAACAGACUACGGCGCUGCCGGAAACCUCGGACUGCGCCACAUCCGGUAUCAUCAAUAGUCUAAUACCGGACAACGCGGAAUGUAACGAGGUCCUCAGCAGAGCCUUGAAAAGGAAAUUUACAGAGUUGGACGAGAUUACUCAAAGGCUCCGAUUAAGAUUAUCAGAAGUCGUAUCUGAAGACUCGGAAAACUCCAACGACGACAUAGCCGAGGAGUUCGAGCAGGACAUCAACAAUCUCUGCAUAGAAGAAGAUUUUCACUUGGUGGAUUUCGAGGAGGAAGCAAAGAAAUUCGGGCAGAUGCUAAAGGCCCAGCAGGAGAUCAAAGAAUCCGGGAAUAAUGGCGAAGAGAAUAAGGAGAAAAACGAUGAUAAUGUUAAAUCGGUGGGUGUGGGGCAAAGUGAAGGUUCGAUGUUGUUAAUGUCGUCAAACCAAGAAGAGAAUGUGAAAGAGGACAGUUCUGGAGGUACCUCGACGGAUUCUAGUAGUACUACCAAGUCGUUUGACAGACACUUAAUCGAGGGUAAACAUCGCAUUGACUCUCUCCUAGAAAAACUGAGCUUAAUAAACGCGGUAGAAUCCCAACAAGCGCCCUUAUCGAGCCGUUACAUAUCGGGCUGUUCCACUAGCACCAACGAGGGUGUAGACGGGAUUUUUAAGGAUUUAGAUCGGAGUUCGCGACCUAACAUCACCGCCACGAACCGAUUUGAGUCUGUAGACUUUCAGAAGCUGUACGGGGGUUCGACGAGCGAGGAAAACAGUAGCGGUACCAGUGUUAUCACUAAUUUUUCAGAGUGUCGCCCUAAUCCUUUGGGGCAAGGUACUAGCGAGGACAAGGAGCCUUAAAUGAGGGGCAUGAUUUAGGUUAUUUUAAGUGACAACGUACUUGUAGUAUUGUAAGCGUGAAAUGUUAGUUUUAUUUGGUAGGAGUUUAAGCGUAUAAUGCCUAUAUUAAAUUGUUGUUUAUGUGUA